AUGGCUGUGGACAGAGUGUGUUCAGAAGAAUUUAGCUUCCCGUUGCUCUCUUCCCGAGUUUCCAGCAUCGGUUCACCUCCACUGUGGAAACACUCUCCCGAGAAUUUCAACCGAAGAGAUAACAAUCAGUCGAUGAGCUUCUCUUAUGCAGGGAGGAGAAGUUUUUGGACAGAUAAAGCAGAGGAGAAGAUGGAUAUGUUGUGGGAAGAUCUUAACGAAGAACUUCCUCCAAGAAGCAAGAGUCUUAGCAUUGAGUCUAGCCGAGAUGGCGGAGAGAAGAGAUGGUGUUUGUUAUCCGACGAGAGCUCUGCAGUGUCCGUGGAGUGCGGGAUGAAGUUAAAGAAGAAGAAGAAGAAGAAGACAAGGCAGAACGUGUUGGUGUUGAUGAGGGUUUUGAAGAAGUUUCUUGUUUUAACAAGUUCUUCGUCUCAGAGAUCUCCCGCGAAAACUCAUCCACGGUGA